AUGAGGCUGCUGCGUACGUUCUUGGCUGGCCUCGUGGCCUUGCCUAUGGCUUUGACCUUUGACGAUAAGGCUACUGCUGUCUUGUCUACUUUGCCCAAAUGUGCGGCAAAAUGUCUGAUAACAAAUUUGUUAACAUCAACAUGUGAACUUGAGGAUGUGCAGUGCACAUGCAUGAAUACAGAACUUCAGCAACAAGUCGAGAUAUGCGUCCUGUCUAACUGCACCGUUACAGAAGCCCUGUCCACAAAGAACACGACAAUGACAUUCUGUGGCGCGCCUGUCCGAAACGGCCAGGCCCCCUUCGUCUCACUCAACGACACAAUGGGAGUCAUCUCAGGCAUCUUCUGUCUGUUGCGAUAUAUUACAAAAAUUGCCUACAAAGUUCCCCUCGGCUUGGACGAUCUUUUUAUGCUUAUCACAAUGCUCAUCUCGAUCGCCUGCAUCACUAUUAACACGUAUGGCCUUGGAAAUUCCGGUUUCGGAAGGGACCUUUGGACUCUUACACCAACCCAAAUCACAGAUUUCGGGCGCUGGUUCUAUGUUAUGGCUGUAUUUUACUUUGCAGAUCAGGCGUUUUUGAAACUUACCAUGAUAUUCUUCUUCCUUAGAAUUUUCCCCAGCGAGAAUGUACGAAAGAUCCUCUGGAUAACCACAGGAAUAACGAUUACAGUCGGUAUCAUGUAUAUUUUCCUCGCCAUUUUCCAGUGUAGGCCUAUUAGCUACUUUUGGACCAAGUGGGAUAUGGAGCAUGAGGGCAGUUGUGCCAGUAUCAACGGUAUCACAUGGUCUAAUGGUGCAAUUAAUAUUGCUAUGGACUUUUGGAUCAUGGCUAUCCCGAUUUCUCAGCUAAAGAAGAUGAAUAUGGGUUGGGGCAAGAAGCUGCUUGUUGGUGGCAUGUUUAGUGUUGGUAUCUUCGUCACAAUCAUGAGUAUCCUCCGCCUCUACGCUACCAUUGUAGCUGGCAUGAGCCACACCAAUAACGCGUCUUGGGAAUACCUCGCCAUGUCAAAAUGGUCCACCAUCGAAAUCAACGUCGGUAUCUGGUGUGCAUGCAUGCCUUCACUUCGCAUCAUGUUCUCCCGUCUGUGUCCCAAGUUGCUCGGCACAUCUAAGCGAUAUCUCAAGUACGGCAGUGGCAAGAACGGAAAGUCUUUGGGCACCGAAAGCAGCCCAGUGAAAUACGAGGAUUGCGCCGCCAAGGUUAUCAAUCUGCGACCGGAGCGUAUCGUUUCCGUUACGAGGAUUGGCAAGGACUCUCAAUAUCGACCGGGCAUUGACCCUUCUGGUAUCACUUGCGACCGAACAUACGACGUGCAGUAUGGAUACGAUGAUGAGACGUAUCUGGUCCAUAUGAAGCAGAUGGAUAACAAGAGUACUAACUCUUAUCAGCGAUCUGAUGGGGAUUUCAGUCUGAAUGAAGUCGCCGUAUAA